GCUUGUUUUUCAGUUCAGUUGAUAGCGGGAGCUGCGUGAGGGCAUUGUGAGCGUGCCGAUUCUGCUUGAUUUGUCGCGAAAACCGGCUGCACUCGUGGAUUAACCCUUUCGUCGGACAUUGAGGACGAACGAGUUCUGCGAGCUGUGUUGGUUAAAAACUCCCAACUGAUUUGCUCAGCUAUCAGAUCGUGAUCGAAUUUUGAAGGUUCGAGUGACGACAACGACUCUGCCGAUUUCAGGCCGCAGAGGAUGCGGCCAGCACGACCGAGUUCGUACCAAGAUGCUGAGCUGAUGUGAGCCAAAAUGCGGCUGUCGUGGCUAGUGGUGGUAGCGGCAGGGGCGCUGUUGGCCGCCGGGGGCCACGCUUUCCUGCUGCUGGUGCCCCCCGACCUGCCCCCCGGCACCCAGAUCGUCAACUCGGCGCUUCCCGACCUCGGCCCGCGCAGGCUGUACAGAUUGGCUACAGAACGGAGUGCGCCCUUCCUGCCUCAGCUCUUCAGGGUGGACGCCCUUACUGGAAGGGUUUACCUAAAACAACCUUUGGAUUGCUCAGGAAUCAAAUAUCCGCAUCUUUUUUCCUUGCACAUUGAGUGUGUGACGCUUGGACACCUUGGCGAUGUGCCCAAAGAUUACCACUCCCUGGCCUUCCGGAUAUUGGUCGCGUGUCCAGCCGCCCUGGACGAAGGCCAACAGGGCGGUGGGGUAGCCCAGGCCAAGCGGUGGGUUUCGGAAACGUUUGCUUCCUACUCAAUUCCCGCUUGGAGUGACGAAGAGCUGGAAAGAGAGGCUGCCGUCCGGUUGCAGUACCAACAGCAAUUUGAUGUGGAGAUUUUGGUACCUGGAAGACCUAGUGGGCCAAUUUGUAUGAAGAAAAGUGACCCUAUUGCUUCCCUUACUUCUCUCAUUCCUUUUACGGUGCAAGAACAUUGCGAGAUUCGAUAUGUGGAAGUAAGUGACCCGAGGUUUGCAGCUGAGCCUCAGGGUGGUGAUCUGGUUGUCACGUCUGAUCUCUGCCUUUCAGAACCACUCUGGGAAGUGAGGGUGCUUCUUGCUCUCAGUUGCAUUACCACCAACACUUUGUCCUCCACUAACAAAGGAGUUAUACAAGACUGUGAUCAUAGACUGCGCAUAGUUUUCCACAAAAGAGGCGCGCUCCUUUCUCUGCCUGCCUCGUCAACCCCUAUCAGCGCCUCUGAUACAUCCCUAACAGCAGCUGCAACCAUGUUAGCAGGCAGGGUGAGGAGAGAAUUGGCCAACAGAGCACCUUAUUUCGAACAAGCUCUCUACCAGGCUUCAGCAACUGAAGAAAAAGCACCUGGACUACAGGUUGCAACUUUGUCUGCACAUGACCCUGAGGGAGCAGCAGUUACCUACUCGAUGGUGUCUUUGCUAGACUCACGGUCACAAGGCCUCUUUGGAAUUGACUCAUCGAGUGGUAUGGUCUCGACGAAAGCUAAGCUGGAUCGAGAGAGUGUUGAUGUACACUACUUCCGAGUCACAGCAAUUGACGACUCUUUUCCACCAAGAACAGGCACCACAACUCUGCAAGUCAAUGUGAUUGACGUGAAUGACCAUGCGCCAGCUUUCGAGUCGUCUCAAUAUGAAGCCACCGUCAGAGAGAGCGUCUCUGUUGGUUCCACCGUAAUCACUCUUCGAGCAACAGAUCAAGACACUGGGAGGAAUGCUGAAAUUGAAUAUAGCUUAAAAUCUAAUUCCUCCGAUGAGGAAGACAUGGCCUUUAAAAUUGAUCCUCGUUCUGGAAUUGUUUCUACGAGAUCGCACUUGGACCGAGAAACCACAGAAAUGUACCACCUUCUGGUUGUGGCCACAGAUAUGGCACCUGUUGCAGAGCGCAAGUCCUCGUCAGCCACUCUUUUGAUCAAAGUCUUGGACGACAACGACAACUAUCCACAGUUUACUGAAAAAACAUAUUCCGUACUUGUGCCAGAAGACAUAAAUUGGAGCCAAAAUCCAAUUAUUGGAUCUGUAAAAGCAGAGGACGCUGAUCAAGGAGCCAACGCCGCUCUCCGAUAUUCAAUCAUUGGCGGAAACACACAAGGCCAGUUCUCCAUGGACAGUUUAACUGGCGAGGUUGCUUUGGUGAAGGCGCUUGACUAUGAAACAACGAGGCAGUACCGACUGGUUAUCAGGGUACAGGACGGUGGGCGACCUUCCAAGACCAACACGACCCAAUUGCUUGUUAACGUUCAAGAUGUAAAUGACAACGCGCCACGCUUUUACACCUCACUAUUCCAAGAAUCGGUGCCCGAAUCAAUACCUGUGGGCACCAGCGUUGUCAGAGUGCAGGCUUAUGAUGCAGACGAGGGCAACAACUCGGCCAUUGUGUACACGCUUGGUGAUAGGGAGCAAGGUGGAGGUCUUUCGAAAGACAUGCCUCUUGCAGUUCAGUCAGACACCGGUUGGGUCUACACCACCAGGGCCUUGGACAGGGAGGAGCAAGCAAGAUUCCAGUUCCAAGUGAUUGCAACAGACAAUGGUGAGCCCCAGCGCAGUGCAACUGCAAGCGUAAUUAUCAGCGUGCAGGACGUCAAUGACAAUGAUCCAGUUUUUGAUCCGAGAAUUUAUGAAACCUCGGUGGCGGAGGACGCUCCUCCCGGAACGCCGGUUGCCACUGUGACAGCUACGGACCGUGAUGAAAAUCCGCGCCUUCACUACGCAAUAUCUGCUGGCAACGUGCGUGGCCGUUUUGGUAUCACGGCGCAAGGUGGAAGAGGAAUAUUGACUGUGGCGCAGCCUCUCGACUUCAAACUGGAGAAAAAGUUCAUCUUGACGGUGACAGCGUCCGACUCGGGUGGUCGCCACGACGAGGCUACUGUUUAUAUCAACGUGACUGAUGCAAAUAAUUUCUCGCCUGUCUUUGAAAACGCUCCCUACUCAGCAAACGUAUUUGAAGAUUCGCCAGUUGGAACUACAGUCCUUGUAGUUGGAGCUACAGACGGAGAUGUCGGACAAAACGCCCAAAUUACUUAUUAUCUCGGAGGAGCACAUGGUUCUGAAAUGCCAGCUGGAGAAAUCAGUGGUCACGAUGAAAUGGCAUUUUCUAUCAAUCCGCAGACUGGCGCAAUUACAACCACCAAACUGCUAGACAGGGAAAAAACAGGAUCUUAUUUGCUGACCGUGACUGCCAGGGAUGGCGGCAACCCCUCUUUGUCUGACACAACUGACGUAGAAAUCGUGGUGCACGACGUGAAUGAUAACGCUCCAGAGUUCAGCCAGGCGCAAUAUAAAGGAUCGGUGCCUGAAGACGCUUUGGUUGGGACAAGUGUUGUUCAAAUCUUGGCCACAGACGUCGACCAUGGCAUAAAUGGCAGAAUUUCGUACGCAUUUCCUCCGGGUGGAAACGGAGGUGGUUCUUUCAGUGUGGAUCCUACCUCAGGUGUAAUCAGAACAGCCAAAAUGUUGGACAGAGAAAGUGUAGCUAAUUACGAGCUAAAAGCAUUGGCCAUUGACAAAGGUUCUCCACCGAUGACCAGUACGGUGGCUGUCCAUGUAAAGGUCGAGGACGUCAACGAUUCACCACCCGUUUUCGAGUCUGACAGAUUGGUGCUGUACAUUCCUGAGAACUCGCCUAUUGGUUCAACCGUGGGAGAAAUUAGGGCCAAAGACGCGGACGAAGGACAAAAUGCUGAAAUUCACUACUCAGUUGUUGGAGGAGACGACGCCUCGGCCUUUUCGUUGGUGGCCCGACCUGGAAGCGGAGUGGCUGAGUUGAUCACCAUGACUGAGUUGGACUACGAGUCAACGCACAAGCGGUACGACCUGGUCAUCCGAGCCGCCUCACCACCGCUGCGAAACGACGUGCAUGUUGAGGUGCACGUGACUGACAUCAAUGACAAUGCGCCUCAAAUGAAGGACUUCCAGGUGAUCUUCAAUAAUUUCAGAAAUUGCUUCCCAACCGGACAUAUUGGCAAAGUGCCUGCCUUCGAUGCUGACGUCACCGACAAGCUCUCUUAUCGCAUCCUCAGUGGAAACAACGCCAACCUCAUCCACCUGAAUGAGUCCUCAGGUGAACUCACCCUCUCUCCGCAACUGAACACCAACGUUCCAAAAAUCGCCUCCAUGGACAUUUCCGUGUCUGAUGGCGUCAAUGAGGUCAAGGCCAAUAUGCAGCUGACCGUCCGUCUUAUUUCGGAGGAAAUGCUCCUGAAUUCAAUUACUGUGCGUCUCAACGACAUGACUGAGCAGACAUUUUUGUCUCCCUUGUUGAACUAUUUCAUAGAGGGGUUGGCUGCAAUUAUUCCCUGUCCGAAGGAAAAUGUGUACGUCUUCAGCAUUCAGGAUGACACAGACGUCUCAACCAAAAUUUUGAACGUCAGUAUUUCCGCGCGCCGACCUGACAGCAACUCUGAAGCUUUUUACUCCGCUCAGUUCCUGCAGGAGCGUGUUUAUCUAAAUAGGGCUAUCCUGGCCCGACUGGCGACGGUCCAGGUCAUGCCCUUUGAUGACAACCUCUGUGUGCGAGAGCCAUGUCUGAAUUUUGAGCAGUGCCUCACCGUUCUGAAAUUUGGCAACGCAUCCGGCUUUAUUCACAGCAACACGGUGCUCUUCAGGCCCAUUUACCCUGUGACGACCUUUUCCUGUCAAUGCGCUGCGGGUUUCACGGGCAGCCGCGAGCAUUAUUUGUGCGACACUGAAGUCAACCUAUGCUACUCAAACCCAUGUGUGAACGGAGGUACCUGCAUGCGCAAGGAGGGCGGCUACACCUGCGUCUGCAAAUCGGGCUUCACGGGAAAGAAUUGCGAAAUCGACAUGAAUUAUGACACCUGCCAGCCAGGCAUUUGUCGCUCCAGUUCAACCUGCGCCCCUCUCAUCAAGGGUGGUUUUCUUUGCGAGCAUUGCACCCCAGGCAUCGAAUUCAAUCGCCUCUGCGAACUGAAAACGAGGAGCUUCCCGAAAGGAAGUUUCCUCACUUUCCCUGCCCUCAGACAAAGACACCGUCUCAACUUGAAAUUGAAAUUCGCAACUCUAGGCGAGGAUGGUUUGCUUCUUUACAACGGCCGCUAUAACGAAAAGCACGACUUCAUUGCAUUGGAAAUUAUUAACGGCGCACUGCAAUUUUCAUUCUCUCUCGGACUGAACGUUACCACCGUUUCAACGCGAAAGUACGUCUCAGACGGGAAGUGGCACACGGUGGAGGUGCGGUACUUUAACAAGACUGCCCUUUUGAGCGUCGACGAGUGCGACACUUCCCUUGCUCUCAAGUACGGCUCCAAAUUGGGUGAGCAGUGGGCCUGCGCCAACUUUUCGCACCACGUACUUGACAACAAGUGCUCUGUUUUUACCGAAACAUGCCACCGCUUCCUCGACCUGACAGGCCCCUUGCAAAUCGGCGGCUUGCCAUCGCUACCCACCAGCUUCAGGAUAAAAAACAAGGACUUCAUUGGCUGCAUCGCCGAAAUCCAAAUCGACCACAAAUUCAUCGACAUGAACAGCUACGUUGCAGACAAAGACACAAAGGUUGGCUGCCCUGAGAAAAAGCCCUUCUGCAACUCGAACCCGUGCAAAAACGGCGGCAAGUGCAAAGAAGGUUGGGGCUCAUUUGUGUGUGAUUGUCCUGAAAAGUGGAGCGGCAAAGACUGCAGUGAGUCGUCGAGGCUACCCUGGAAUUUCAGAGGCGACGGAAUUUUAUCCUUCAACCCACUGUUGCGACCAAUUCAGCUGCCCUGGGUGAACAGUCUGUCCAUCAGGACACUGCAGGAAGAGGCCUCGUUGGUGUCCAUCCAGGUUGGCCAAAAUAGCACGGCCAUGAUUUCAAUCAGCGAGGGCCUCAUUGAGUACAGUUACAACUCGGAAACGGUCAUUCUGCACGGGAAGGAGGUAAACGAUGGCCAGUGGCACCACGUAGAAGUCAAAUGGAUGAUGGGAGAAAUCUGGCUGGGUCUGGACUAUGGCCAGCAUGAGGUCACCAUGCCCAUUGCGGCCAAAAUCCAAGGCAUGUACGUUGGCAAAAUUGUAAUCGGUGGCCCUGAAAGUCCCAUUGCGAUGCGUCCAUCAUACGAGGGCUGCAUCCAGGACGUGCGAAUCGGCACCGGACAGGCAGGGCUGGAGCGUCCCACCGUGAUGGAAAACGUUGACGAAGGCUGCGGAGGCGCGCAAGAUCCUUGCGAGCCGAAUCGCUGCCCCAUCAAUAGCAAGUGCGUCUCCAGGUGGCACGAAUACACCUGUGAGUGCGACAUCGGCUUCGUGGGCUCUGCGUGCACCCCCGUGUGCGAAAUCAACCCCUGCGACAACGCCGCCGAGUGCAGGGAUGACUUCAUGGCCGACAAGGGCUACCGGUGCGACUGCAACUCGGAUGAGUUUUCCGGCGAGUAUUGCGAAGUGCGAAUCGACCAGCCGUGCCCUGCCAGCUGGUGGGGCUAUCCUGUGUGCGGGCCCUGCCAGUGCAAUACAGACAAGGGCUACAAUUCGGACUGCAACAAGACCACUGGACAGUGCUACUGCAAGGAAAAUCACUACCAACCCAAGGGUUCAGACGAGUGCUUCGACUGCGGCUGCUACGCCACAGGGUCUUAUGGGCGCGACUGCGACAUGGAAACGGGCCAGUGCAAGUGCAGAAACGGCGUCAUUGGCCGGCGCUGCGACUCUUGUCCGAAUCCGUACGCUGAGGUUACGCUUCGCGGCUGCGAGGUAAUUUACGACGGGUGUCCGAAAAGUUACGCCUCUGCAAUUUGGUGGGAGCGAACGUUGUUUGGCAAAACGGCUGUUGAGCCUUGUCCUCACGGUUCGCACGGAAAGGCAUCCAGGUCGUGCAGUGAUGACAUAGGGUGGUCAGAACCCAAUCUAUUCAACUGCACCUCGGAGGCCUUCAUGGACCUGCGACAGGUUCUCGGCCAGCUAGAGAUGGAUGACUUGCAGAUCAACACCUUUGUCGCCGUCAAAGUGGCCUUUGAGCUUCACAAAGCGACGAACCAGACAAAUAAUUUAUAUGGAAUUGAUGUGCUGAUUGCUGCCCAACUUCUGCAGCACCUGAUUAAAUACGAAACCACUGAAAAAGGUCUCAAUCUGACGCACAGUCAAGACAAGGACUACAUCAGAAAUAUCGUGGUCACUACCAGCACCAUUUUAGAGCCACAGUACGAACGCCACUGGCAAAGGAUUGAAAUGCAAACGUCUGAAACGGCUGCUGACCUUGUGACUGCCCUAGAUAGCUACCUGACCACGCUGACCUCAAACCAGCAGGACACUUACACCAACCCUUUUGAAAUCGUCUCCGAGAACAUGGUCAUUGGUUUAGAUGUGAUCACCUCCGAGAGUCUCUACGGCUAUGAAAGUCCGAAUAAAAAUUUGCCAGAAGUGAUCACAGCCUCGCCUCUGAGCAAGGAGAGGGUGCACUUGCCCGACACAACCCAGUUUCUGGCACCUCCCCUGGAAGACACUGGUGACCUUAUCGAAUUGGACGAAGUGGUCGAUGAUGAUGAAGAAGAACCAGGGUCGCCACCUGAGAUUGACACGCAGCACUCCAGCUCUGGACCGAUCGUCGUUUUCCCAAAAUACAACAAUUACUUGCAGACCAAGGAAAAGUUUGACCCUCACUCAAAAAUAAUGGUGCCACUCAAGCUCCUUGGCAUAGAACCAAUAUCAGAAGGCGAUCAUGUCACAAGAGAGUCUAUUGCAGACCAAAGAGCUGUUCUGAGCUACGCACAGUUCAAGAACGUCGGCAAACUGUUCCCCAACCGAUUUGACUCGUCAGUCACCCAGCGCUGGGGGGUUGAGCUCAGAGUGGGCGCCCCUGUCAUCACCGUCGCUGCUUUGGCACCUGGAAACCACAAGCUGAAAGGGCACCUCAACACUCCAGUCAGAUUCAGAUUGUGGCUGCAGGCAAAGCCGCUCUCGCCAAGACUGAACCCACAAUGCGUUAGCUGGCAGAAACAUAAUGGUCAAGGAUCAUGGUCAAGGACUGGCUGCCACACAAGCACACCCGAAAGAUGGCAUGAGACACCAACACAUCCCUUCCUAGUCAACUGCACCUGCAACCACCUAUCUACAUUCACUGUUUUAACUGAUGUUGUAGAUACAAAGUACAUCCCUGAGCCAGGGCUGUUUGAAGACAUUGUCACCUGGUUAGCCUUUUCCUUGGCACUGCCGACGCUACUCUGUGUGCUUGUUGGCUUGUCAAUUUUGCGUGGCGGAGCUCAGACAAACUCAAACUCUAUUCACCGCAACCUGGUUAUUUGUGUAUUUUUAGCUGAGGUGGUUUUCCUAGUGGCUCUGAAGGGCCGCAGGUUCAUGGCUCACAACGAGUUCCCGUGUAAGUUAUCUGCCAUUCUACUCCAUUACACGUGGCUGAGUGCAUUCACCUGGAGUGUGAUUGAUGCACUGCACCUAUACCGUAUGUUGACUGAAAUGAGGGAUAUCAAUCACGGCCCAAUGCGCUUUUACUACACUUUGGGUUACGGUCUACCAGCUGUUAUUGUCAGUUUGGCUGUUGGAGUCCGAGUGAAUGAAUUUGGCAACUAUUACUUCUGCUGGCUGAGCAUUUACGAAGUGGUUGUGUGGAGUCUGAUCGGCCCCGUUUGCCUACUGGUUGUCAUCAACCUGAUUGUCUUGUUGUUCGCAAUCAAGGCCGCGUUCACAGUCAAAGACCACAUCCUUGACUUUGGCAACCUUCGCACCCUACUGUGGCUGGCAGUGGUCAGCCUGCCUCUACUUGGUCUUACGUGGGUGUUGGCCGUGCUGGCUGCCAGUGAGCAAGAGCAAGUGCUCUUUUUGCUGCUCUCGGCAGCAAUCAUACUGCAAGCAGCGUUUGCCCUGCUGGGCUACUGCGUCAUUAACGAAAAGGUCAGGCGCUCACUCUACUGUCUGGUGCUCCGGUGCAUGGGCAAGAAAGCGCCCAUCGACAUGACUGAUAUGGCUGACAUCACGGUGCAGUCUUCUCUCGGAGGAAAUUCAACUGUAAAUGUAACAAGGAGAUCUGCACUCGCAUACCACAAUGCCUCCUCCAGGGCAUUCGGCAAUUCGAUGAGGAGAAACUUAGGUAUUUCCACUUCGAGCACAACUUCGAGGUCCACUUGCAAAACAAGCAGUAGUCCUUACAGCCGAAGUGAUACUCAAUUGAGAAACACCUCGACGUCAACAAGCAACUAUAAUUCUACCAGCGAUGUUCCAUCCUACAUGCGUGAGUUUGACCCAGAUGUUACUCUGAGGGAGGAGGACGAGGAUCGGAGAAACGUCAGACGAAGACGAGGGUCUGAAAGCUCUGAGAACUCGGCUACAGGUCCCAGCCUUGACUUAGCGUCUAGUCAUAGCAGUGAUGAAGAUGAGGCUGAAAGGAGAGCAAAUGCAGAUUCUCAAAGUGAGGUCGUUGCCGUCUCCAAUGUUUCGCAUUAUGUUCCCAACAUCACUGACCCUCCUGUGAGUGCAAUGCCCCAGCAGACAAUCAACCUCACAUCAAUGACUUCUGUGGGCUUCAACAUUACCACAAACUCAAGCCCCCUCUUCCCCGACCUGAAGCCCAUGUAUGCGCCCAGGUGGUCGAGCCAACUGCCCGACGCUUACAUUACCUCCAAUUCUCGAGACAGAUGGUCUGGAGGACAAGGUUCCACACCAACUGUGUCAGAUAACGAAGACUGCUUAGAUGAGAGAGGCGGCCUGGCGCACCGGGGGCUCGACAUUGUGCCAGAAAUGGAAUCGCCGCCAGACCCCCCGGACCUCGAGAAAAUGGUCCACUCACAAGAGAAUCUCAACGAUUUGGGUUCCCAAACCUACUCUGAAAAGAAACUUGGUUUUGAAGAAAAAUAUAUGUUUUAUUCUGGCAACAAUGGCCGCAACCCACGAGAGUACCUGAAUAUGUUUACCAACAAGAGUAACCGACCAUUGGGCCCAAGUCCCAUGAACGACAUGAAUAGGCCACCUUCACAUGCAGACUACUACAGUCCGAACCCCAGCCCUUUGCCCCGAAUCAUGAGGAACCCCCUGGCGAACAUGCCCGCUAUUCUCGCACCGAUUACGGCAGCAAAUAUUUCUGAGUCUGAGUGAGAAUAUGAAUGAUAUGCUUGAUGAGGUUGCCGACCUAAAUGAGGAAACGUCGGUUUAAAGGCAAUUUCUGCUCAAAAGAGGAAAUACACCAAAGCACCAUGAAAGCCCCCUCAUCAGUAGUUUCAUUUCACUAGGAUAUUGUAAAUUUGAAUGUACAGAUGUUGUAUAUUUAUAGAAAGCUACAUGUGUAAUUAUAUCAUCGA